UAGAGCAACUGUUACUGAUAUGACAGAUCCUAGCAGGCAGCCUCAUGAAAGCCUGUAUUUUAGUUGCAGUGCAAGUAGGUGAAAUGAAUAAUUGUGUUUUUGACUUUCCAAUUUCCUAUACCUUGCCAGUGGUUAUUGCAGCUAUAAUUUGGGCCAUGUGUAUUCCAGAGAGGUUUCUGAUUUAAGAAUCUGCAUUUUUUUUAAGGCAAGCAAUAUUUGAUGUAUUUCAUCUAUGAUAAGAUUUUAUGUAUUUAUUUUUAUGGUGAUGGAUAUUUUUUGUGUCAUAUGAAAUAUUACACAUUUUUAACUGAAGAAAUGACAAGGAUCUAUUUUUAACACAUUAUCUUGGGCAAAUAUUGAAAUUCUUGUUUAAUGUUUAACUACAAGAAGUAUACUCAGUUCAAGUAAAGGAUCCAUUUCAGGAUUCAGGCUGAGUUGUCUUGAUAAUUAGAAUUCAGGCUCCAAGGAGAAGCCCCAAAGCCAAGAGUAUUGGAUAUAAUACAAAGUGGGAGCCCUACCUGACCUCUAGAGAAUGUGGACCAGAUAUAAGAUCUUAAUCUUUUCCUAUCUUACCACAGAAAUUUGGAUGGAGAACCAGUAUUUAUCUCAAAGAGAAGGAACUGAUUUCACUAGGAAUCAUACCAUUUUGGAAAGUCCUCGAUUCAAAAGAUCAACUUUCAAAGGACAAUACUGUAGAAAUUUUCGUUGUUGUGAGGAUAGAGAUGAUGACUGUGCCACUCAGUUCCAUGAGGCAAAUGCACUGUGUUACUGUGAUAAAUUCUGUGAAAGGGAAAAUUCUGAUUGCUGUCCUGAUUACAAGUCAUUUUGCCAUGAAGAGAAAGAAUGGCCUCCUCACACAAAACCUUGGUAUCCGGAAGGUUGCCUCAGAGAUGGCCAACCUUAUGAAGAAGGAUCAGUAAUUAAGGAAAACUGCAAUUCCUGCACAUGCUCAGGACAGCAAUGGAAAUGUUCCCAGCUUGUAUGCCUUGUUCAACCAGAACUAAUUGAACGUGUCAAUAAAGGAGACUAUGGAUGGACAGCCCAGAACUACAGCCAAUUCUGGGGAAUGACUUUGGAAGAAGGUUUCAAGUAUCGUCUUGGCACCCUGCCACCUAGUCCCAUGCUUCUGGGUAUGAAUGAAGUGACAGCUUCUUUACCUGCAACAACUGACCUUCCAGAGUUUUUCAUUGCUUCUUAUAAAUGGCCUGGAUGGACUCAUGGCCCAUUGGAUCAAAAAAAUUGUGCUGCAUCAUGGGCAUUUUCUACUGCAAGUGUGGCAGCUGACCGAAUAGCAAUUCAGUCCAAAGGUCGAUACACAGCUAAUCUAUCCCCUCAGAAUUUGAUCUCUUGCUGUCCCAAGAACCGUCACGGAUGCAAUAGUGGAAGCAUCGAUAGGGCUUGGUGGUUCCUGAGAAAACGUGGACUGGUAUCCCAUGCAUGCUAUCCACUUUUCAAGAACCAAAAUGCUACCAAUCAUGGUUGUGCCAUGGCGAGUAGGUCUGAUGGGCGGGGAAAACGGCAUGCCACAAAGCCAUGUCCCAACAACAUUGAGAAAUCAAACAGGAUCUACCAAUGUUCUCCCCCAUACAGAGUCUCUUCCAAUGAAACUGAGAUAAUGAAAGAAAUCAUGCAAAAUGGACCAGUUCAAGCCAUAAUGCAAGUCCAUGAGGAUUUCUUCCAUUAUAAGACAGGGAUAUAUAGACAUAUUACCAAAAAAGCAAAUGAAGAAUCAGGAAAAUAUCGAAAGCUUCAGACACAUGCCGUCAAACUCACUGGAUGGGGCACACUGAAAGGGGCACAAGGACGGAAAGAAAAAUUCUGGAAAUAUAUGAAGCAUGAAAGAUGAUAUCCUCAAAGACAAGGAUGAAUGCCGUUACCCAGGAAAAGAGGGAGGAUGCAGGGUCGACAGAAACAAAGAAGAAUGGACCUUCUUUUCCAACCCAAAGGUGAUCGCAGUUCAGUAUUUGUCUUAUACAUUCCUUGAAAGGAACACAGAACAUGUGCUCAUGCCAUCAAUUCCAUCUUACCAACAUUCUUGGGAAGCAAAAGUCACGCAUAUCAGCUUUAGCUUUUACUGCCCUAGAAAAAUAUAACAAAAUUUAAAUGAUUUGUUCAAUGUUAUUCAUGUAAUAAUGGAAUGAAACUAGCAUCCAAAAGUACAAACGAGCAACUCAGGAAACAUACUCUGCCAGUUAGACAAGGCAGACCUCCUAGGAAAACAAGAUUUUGCUGGUAUGAUCCCAUGGUUGAUAGUAUCUGGAUAGUAAUAUUCUCCCCUUUACCUCAUUAUUUAACUUUAUUUAUUUUUAAAAAUAUUUAUUUUGAGAGAGAGACACACACACAAAUGGGGGAUAGGCAGAGAGAGAGACAGGGAGAGGGGGAGAGAGAGAGAGACAGAGAGAGACUACUAAGAGAAACUAUGCUGAGCAUGGAGCCCACUGGCAGGGCUGGAUCUCAUGAACCAUGAGAUCAUGACCUGAGCUGAAAUCAAGAGUCAGAUGCUUAACCUACUGAGGCACUCAGGCAUCCCUGAUUAUUCAACUUUAUGUGUUCAAACCAACAUGUAGGAGAGAGAGAAAAUAGAUCACAGAUUAGAUUAAUUAGCAAGGCAAAAUAACGUCUCUUCAUUGAUGAAGAAUAUCUUCCAAAACAAACUACUUGGAAAUAGCAGUUUGUUAAAGUAAAAAAAAAAAAAAAAAAAAAGCUUACUCUCUCUCUUUCUCUCAAAAUAAAUAAAUAAGCAUUAAAAAACACAGAGGGGUACAUGGGUGGCUUAGUUGGUUAAGCGUCCAACUCUCGAUUUCAGUUCCGGUUGUGAUCUUAUGGUUUGUGAGUUUGAGCCCCAUGUCAGGCUCUACGCUGACAGCGUGGAACCUGCUUGGGAUUCUUUCUCGCCUUCUCUCUCUGCCCCUCCCUCUCUCUAUCCCUCUCAAAAUAAAGAAAUAUUCAUUAAAAAACUCUGGGGCGUCUGGGUGGCUCAGUCGGUUAAGCGGCCGACUUCGGCUCAGGUCAUGAUCUCGCGGUCCGUGAGUUCUAGCCCCACAUCGGGCUCUGGGCUGACGGCUCAGAGCCUGGAGCCUGCUUCAGAUUCUGUGUCUCCCUCUCUCUGACCCUCCCCUGUUCAUGCUCUGUCUCUCCCUGUCUCAAAAAUAAAUAAACAUUAAAAAAAAUUAAAAAAAUAAAAAACUUUUACCCCCCCAAAAAUGUGCAAGCUUGGAAGUCUAUAGUUAAGGGAAGCAAAUAAAGUUUAGCACUGCACCUUAAGCCUAACAAAAGUGCAACUGUGAAAGCUGAGAAAGCAAUAUGCCUCAUUAACCACAUCCCUGUCAAACAGAUUUGUUUCGACUAAUUCCAGAGAUACUUUGACGCUUUGAAGAACGUUAAGUUUAGAAGUCUCCUUUGAUUACUCUCGGAAAUAACUACAACUAAAACAUAUGAACACCUUUUACAAUUUUAAAAUAAAACUUGCUUCAGAAUUCCUUGCCAAGGGAAGAUAUGACAGCCAAUGGGCUAUGGGUAAUCUACAUGCAAAAACUUAGUAGAUGGUUAGUACUUAAUUUUUUCUUCCUAUUCUAUAUACAUCUACAAAUGAGAGCAGUAUUUUUGCACAGUUUUAAAGGACCAUUUGUCAAAAGUCUUUUAAAAAUUUUCCUCACAUUUUGAUAGCCUUAUUGAAUGCUGCCUUCUCAAGGUAGGAUGCACAAACUUGUAUUCCUCAGCUUCCCUUCCCAUUAGUUUGAGACAGAUGAUAUAGUUUCCUCCAAUGAGACAAAAUCUCCCUGACCUUUGGUUUGUAAUUGGGCUCGGUGAACAAACAGACUUGAUGUGGAAAAUGUCCUUUGCUGGCUUAGGUAGUAGAAUCAGAUGGUUGUUUCUGGGGGUCGACAGAGCGACGAGUUCCUAAUCAAGCCUGUUAAGCAUGGUGUUUCUGGGGCUGGAAGUGGGUAAUACGCAGCAUCUUAAAUUAAAAAUUUCAAUUAUAGCAGAAUCAAAAAGUUGCUGCACCAUCAUUAGAGUCUGAAGCAAUCUGCUCAGGUCAAAUCUGUAGUAGAUGUUUCUGAUGUUCCUAAUGAUUCUUUGUGAUGGUUCGGUAUAGCUCUAUAGAUGCCUUACUGCUUAAACUAGCUAAGGUGGAUUCUGUUAUCAGAAACUAAGAGCCCUGGAACAACACAAAGAAAUAAGGCAUUCUUAAAGAUGGUUGCAUGUUGAACUAUGUUGUAAUCUGACCAUUAGUUUUUUACUUCUUUUAAUACUCUGUAAAUGCAUACAUUUUAAUUAAUUAUAUUGGUUUUACAAGCUGGACGUUUACAGGAUGCCAAGGUGAUUUGUAUGUCUUCAACUGUACUGUACUACAAGAAACUUCCCCCUAUUCUACCAAGGAGAUAUAUAUUGUAUAUUAAUUUUGCCUCUUCUAUGAGACUGGUCUAAUAUGCCAUUCUUCAAUGUUUAUCAUAGGUAUGGAUCAAAAAUAAUUAUUCCAGAAGGAACAAAAGGACCCAGAAUGAUAGUGCUGUAAAUAUAAUGCCUUUAAGAGUUAAGAGGAAAUGAGAUUUCAUAAAAUACUAGUUUAGGGAUGAUAAAUUAUAUUCUCCUCCCUGCUACGUGCUUUUGGGCAAGUCACGUAACCUUCCUGGGAGUUAGUGUCCCCUUUUUUUAUAAAGUAAGGAAAAUAACAUAUUUUUUCCUAUCAUAUUGGGACUCUGUGUUGAGAACUCAGUUUUAGAGUAUAUGGUGUCAAAAAGUAAUACAAAUUACCUUUGGUUUGAGCAUUGCAUCGUGCAUAAAACAAAAGGCUAUUUCUCAAAGAAGAAAUAAACAGGAAAAGGAAUUGCUAUAAUAGGAAACUGCAGGCAGAUACUCUACAUUGUGUUUUGAAAUGUAAAUAAUUUAUAUUAAGGCAAGAGAACAUGACCUGUUUCAAAUAGAAAAAAAAAAAAAGAAACUAUUUGCUUGAAUAUAAGAACUGAUUGGAGCAAAAGUAAUUAGACAAUGUUAAAAAAAAAAAAGGGACUCCUGAGUGGCUCGGUUUGUUGUGUCCAACUCUUGGUUUCGGCUCAGGUCACGAUCUCACAGUUUCGAGAGUUCAAGCCCCGCAUUGGGCUCUACGCUGAUUGCGCAGAGCCUGCUUGGGAUUCUCUCUCUUCCCUCUCUCUGCCGCUCCUCUGCUCACCCUGUCCCCAUCUCUCUCAAAAUAAAUAAACCUAAACAAUAUUUAAAACAAACAAACCUGCUUUAAAUACUGCUAUCUGAUUUCAGAUCUGAGGUCUGGACUAGAAAGUCAAAACUGCAAUCAAUAAUCUUUUAUGUGUUGAUUUUUCUGUCGCAAAGAUAAAAAAAAAUAUCAGGAUUAUACUUCGCUCCAGGUAAUUUCUGUUUAAGGAAGCAGGCUCCAGGCUGUGAGCUGUCAGCACAGAGCCUGACGCGGGGCUCAAACCCACAAGCCGUGAGAUCAUGACCUGAACCAAAGUUGGACGCUAAAUCAAUUGAGCCACCCAGGAACCCCAAAAUAUUUCUACCUGUUGACCAACCAUGACACUGUGAUGUAUUUCUUCAUGAAUAUGUUCUGUAUUAUCAAAUAAAAAUCUAUUGGCUCCUGAGAUAACCUAUGUUAAUGUAUAGGCUACAUAGUUUUAGCUAUUCCCACUUGCUCUCUCUUGUUUGUAUGAAAUAUGAACACUUGUUGGAAGAGCAUGUAAAGGGAUGUGUGAACUCAUCUUAUGACUCACACUCUUUCUCAUCUGUCCAUGUGCCAUGCCAUGUGCCAUGAUGGGAGGUCAGUUUCUUCUAUUUAAUUGUUAGGAUUUUUUCCCAUAUUCUUUAUAGUCCCUUCCUUAAAUCCUGUUCUGGAACUCUCUAUUCUUGAAUUUUUCCCCUUUCACCAAGUCCUUAUGGGAUGGUGGGACAUGUAUCAGGCUAGAAAAGAAUCAAACCUAAUGUUGUUUUUACACAAAAAAGAAGAACAGAAGUCUCCCCAGAUACACUGUUCAUAGGAAGCAGCUGACUGCUUGUAGGAGUUUUCAUCUGCUUUCCAAAUAUAGCUUCUUUCCCAUCUUUCAUCUAACUCUGAUAGAGAUUUCCUGGAGAUUUGACACACUUAAGAUUGUACUUAUUUAGGAAUAUAUGCUUUUUAUAUAUUUGUGAUAUGAAAGGAAUUAUAUGUAUUGGCAAUUACCAAUUUCUUUUUCUGCGUUUAAAAAUUGCCUUUCUAGCUUUAUGAAAUCAGAAACAGUUUAAUAAAUACUAUUAACAUUCUUCAUUUUAUGUAAUGGGGCAGACACCAUGCAUUAGAGAACACAACUAAAUGGACAUUGAUUAUCCAUAAAUGUGAGGAGAGAGAACAGCAUGGGAUCCUGUUUGCCCUUUGAUGAAGUCGUAUUUCUCACAGGAUUUAGGAUUUAUAUGGAGCUAAGAGGUCCACACAGUUGUGGAUAAAGACUUCAAUACAAAGGGACAAAGUGGAGGCAGUUAGCACCCUGCAGACCAGCGAAACCUCCAUCAGGCCCACAAAUACUAAUCACCAUGGCUUUUGGCAACCGUAAAUGCAGAAAGGGAAAAGAUGACUGAGUCCCAGUGAAAAUUUACACAGCAAUCUUGAAAUCCAGUGAUAGUUUUUGGACAGCACAUUAUCACAGUACAGCCCACUCACUGAAUUAAAUCUUUUUUUUUUUUUUCAUAUCAUUGUCUUAAGAGAGUUCUCACAUUUUUCUGAUAUAAUUUUAAGACAGUUAAAUGAAUCAUUGAAAUAAUUUGCCUAUCCAUGUUCCCAAUGGUUGGCAAUAAAAGCUACAAUGAACUGUACAACUGGCUCCUGUUCACAAUUUAGAGUAAAAUAUAUAUAAGUGUGCCAUGGACUGAAUUACACUUGGACUAAUCUGACAUUUUUUUUUUGCCAGUAAAAUAAGAGAAUAUUUUGAUUUUUUCUUUUGAUCUCAUUGAACUACAGAUGUCUCAUAUAGUUUAGUUUGUACUUCUUGAACACAGCUGAAAAUAAUUGGAAUGAGGGACAAUUACAAAAUUUCAUUUGACUUUACAGAUAAUCAGAAAAAUUAGUAAGUUCUGUCAGUGGAAGCCAAAAAAAAUUCUCAGAUGGAUGCAUAGAACGUUCUUUAUCAUCAACUGGUCAGGUUAUUGCUGUUCUUUGCAAAUAAUAGUAGUCAUGACAAUUAUACGUGACUUACUGUAUUUGCUGAUCAUAUAGGAAACACUACAUUAAGUGAAUUGAUGCUUUAUACUGAUUAUUUCUCUCUUAAUUUUCAUGGCACCUCUUCUUUAAUGAUAGCCAUUUUACUGGUAAGAAAAGUGGGGUUAAGUAACUUAUCAAAGUUGCAUGGCUUACACGUGACAGGUCAAGAUUUGCACUGGAUUUGCUUUAUUCUCAUUUUCAUAUACUUAAUCACUUUGUUAUACUAAUCAGAAAGUAAGGAACUCUAUUUAGAUCCUUCAUGUUAUGAGGGUUCAGUAUAAUUUUAUAUGUCCAUUAUUUCUCCUAAUGGCUCUCUAUAAACAUUUAACAUUUAAAUAUGUUAAGAAGUAAUCUCACUGAGUGGCUCAUACAGACCAUAUGGACAGCAUACAAAUUGGAUAUUGUCCACCCCACAAACUACUGCUCACACAGACCACUAAUCAAGUAUUAAGUGUACGCUGAGUAUAUGCACUAUUGCAAAAUCCUCUCCUUAUUCAUCCACUUACCCAUGCAUUCAUAUUCCCCCUCAAGAAAUACUCUAUGCAAAGCACCUUGUUAUUCCGUGAGGUGCUUGCAUGUUGCAAAGUCCCUCACUCUUUCUUCAAGGAGCUAGGAUUGUCGUGGGAAAAAUGGACAUUCCCUCAAAUAACUGGCAUACAAGUGCAAUGGAGGAAUACGUUAUUUAAAACCAAAACUUACCCUACCUCUCGCGGCCAUCUAAGAUGGGAGCAGGGGCAAAAUUUUCAUCAGUGAGAAAAUGAAUCUCCCUAUUGCUCUCUUUCCUGUGCAGAGACUGGUGGAGGAAGGGGGCCAGCAAUGCCCCUGACAGUUCUUCUUGGCUAUUAAAGGAAGAGACAUUAAUGGGUUUUUGGAUCUACAAAAGUAAACCCUACUACCCCGAUGAGGCGGCUAAGAGCUAAAUUACUGAGCCCGGUAACAGGAAAGUGAGUGAGUUUCCCAGCAGAGCCAGAGGAUCUCUGGUAAUAGAGGGCUGCAAGAAGAGGACUGAGGGGAGGGGGUUGAACAACCUGCAGGUCUGGAACAGUCAAGUCUGCCUACAAAAUGCUGCUGGUAUAUCGUUUAAACUUCUUUUUUUGAGGAGGGUAAAGCAAAGAGAGGGAUCAUGGAAAAGUGACAAAGUUUUCCAUGUGGGUCAGGACUGAAAAGAGGGAAAGAGAUUGAGAUGCACGCAUGGAGCUCCAAGUUCACCAAAACAGAGACUGGGCAGAAGUUCCUGUGAGAGAAUGUGCCCUAGGUAAAUACACAGAAGUUUUCACAAGAACCUUCUUAGACCACGCAUUGAAUGUGGAAUGACAAACAUACCAGCUUUACAUUUUAAAGGAUAAGGUAACCUCUUAGUACAUACAAAAGUCAUAGAUGGCAAGUGCCAAAGGAGAGAGAGAAAGAAGGUUCUAUAUUUUAGGGAAGCAUAAAAGAAAGCAAUGUUCUUUCGACCGUAGUUGGCAGAGUAGGUCUACCUCAGACCAUGUAAUGAGAUUCAAGAAAUCCUGGUAGACCCCUUGUCUAUGUCCAGGAGCUGACUUUGAGGGCCGAGGCAUUUUUAUUUACUUAUUUUUAUUUACCGAAUCAGGAGAGUGAAGGCUAUAUAAUAAUCCUCAUUAUUAUUUUCUUCUAGUUGGGAAAGAGAGGGAGAAGUGGAAUGGGGGAAUAUUGAAUCUUGAGGUAGGACGCCCAGAUCCAUAAACUGGAUGUUCAGAAAAGGGAUGUAGAGCCAGGCAGGCCUGGACAAGAUUGAGUGCUUCAUGCUGCUGCUGAGGGGGAGAGUUGCCGUCAGAGUCAGGAGGUACCAAAGGAAUGGAGGAGAAGUUUCAGACCUAAACUAGCUUACGUUCCCUUGAAUACCUAGAAAUGGUUCCUCAUAAUUUUUUUUUAUUUUCAUUUGAUGUUAAAAUUGGAAUAUGAAUAUUUAUUUUCACUAUGAAAAUGGCCGUAACUUUUGAUUCUUUGUAACCAAGAUAAAUAUUUGCUUUGUGGAGUUCAAAAACAGAAUGCGUCUUGAUUCAUAUUCAUUUAUCCUUUAUAAAAUUGAUGCUUUCUUUGAAAUACUUCUAAUCUGAGCGCACUUAGGAAAUUGGAACUUUCACAGGCUGUGACUUUUUAUGUCUGUCAGAAAUGCAAUACUGGUGGAAAGACAGUGAUUUGAUGUAUCUGAUUGUUCAGACACUCAGCAUCAUUAGUGAGCCAGAUAAUAUUUUAGUAAAACUUUGUAAUUAAAAUUAUAAUUUUAUUUUUCAGGUACAGAUUUAAUUGCCUGCUCAUAAAAAUGUUGGGUCAGGAUAUUAGUUUAAAUUAGUAAAGCCUGCCAAAAUGUUAUGUUUCAAUGUGAACCAUACAUUUAAUAACUCAUUACAUAAUUUUAUAUUACAUGUUAUCAAGUAUAUUUGUUACCUCAGAAAGAAACGUCCAGGCAUUAUUAUGCUACAUUCUUCCAAAAUGCCUUACGCUGUCCACCUUUCUCAGGCUAUCUUCUUCUUUUUUUUUUUUUUUAACUGCCAUUUGAAUUCUCUUUGAUUGUUGCCUAGUGAAAGCUGCUUAUCUUGCAAGAUCCUAUGUAAAUGGCAUUUCUUCCAGAAAAACUUCCCUGCUCACCAUUGAUCAUGAACCAUCCCCUGUUGUACAUCCCUUCUAAUCAUACCCCGUCUCCCGUUAUGGUAAUUGACAGAUAUUGUCAAAUCUCUUAUUUUUCUGUAAACUCUUUUGGGGACAGGAUAAAUGUCCUCUCCAUCUCAGCGUCUUUUAUAGUGCUUUCUAUACAACUGUCAUCAAAAACAUUUAUUACAAAAAUGAAUACAUUUUUAUCGUUUUGAUAAUUAGUGAACCAUUAAAUCAAGUUAUUGAAUAAACCUUUAUAGCUUUCAAAUUACUAAUUUGAAUGCAACAACAGUGGUCAAGGUUUCACAUGUCUGGA